UUAAUUUGAGUCGAAACAUUUCUUUGUCUCUUUUCAUACGAUUCAAACUGUAAGCGCGUAGAAAUCAAGUGUGAAUCAUCAUCACCUUGAAAUGCCACCAGUAGUGGGGAAAUAUUUCACUGACACAACGACAUAUGGCAGUCAUUCUGCGUCAGGAAACAUGUUUUUAUAAGUUGUCACUCAGUUUGUAUUUUUGUAUUAAAUAUAUUUAUACAAACGAUUAUACAAAUAUGUAUUUACAUUGCAUCUAGAAUCUGUUGCAACAUCAAAUCUCUCUCUUAAAAAUGAAACAAUAUCAUUCUGAUCACAUGUGAAGAUUAUUGUUACAAAACCUCACAAAAUGAUUGCAAACAGAAAGAUAAAUCCAGAACUGGAGAAGCUAAGGAACGAAGUGGACAGACCACCUAACUUAGACACGGUUAUCUUAAAUAUUCAGAAAGAAUCAUCGCGAAUUCACGCUGCAUAUUUAUUUGAGCAUAUUGGCAAAGCUACGCUGCAGAAACUAUGUUUGUCAUUGAGUUCUACAGCAACCGGGAAAAUCUACAACGGAUGGCAAGAAUUCGCAGCACAUGUGGGUCUAACAAUGGAACAAAUACGUUGCAUAGAUUACGAUUUCAAGGGGCUCCAAGAUCCCACGUAUUACGUGCUGCUAACUUAUGUGCAGUCCCCGGAAGCAACAAUGGAUAAAAUUUUCAAAGCUUUGCAAAAAAUGCAACGUUUUGAUGUGAUAAAUCAGAUCAAGGACUGUGUGCACAAUCUGAUUAAUGUUGUAUCACAAAAUACCACCGACAAUGAAUUUGAAGUGAUUCAGCCUGAACAUGUGCCAAAAGCGCCACUAGUUCUGAGUCCUAUUGUGACAGAGAAAUUUGAAGUCAGAAAUCAGGAAGAAAUCAAAUCGAGAUGCACACCACAAGAUAAUCAGCACAAGCAGCAUACUAAACAAACGUACGGUUGCGUAGUUAUGUUGACUUUUGCCGAUGACGGUUUACCAACCGCAGAACGCAUUACGAAGAUAUUCAGAUCCAAACAACCGCGAAUUGGUGUGCUGAUAUUGCAAGAGCAAGAGAAAGGUGUUUACAGUCGAGCCGAAGAAUUUAUAGACGAUUGCUUUAAGCAGGUGGAUUAUGUUAUACCAAUAUUAACAAAAGGAUACAUAGAAAAGAUCAAUAAUCCUGUAAAAUGGCAUGAGAUAUCUAACAAUCUGGACGUAAAGUAUCUAAAAUAUAUAUAUUCUUUGUUGAGAUAUGAAUAUGUGAGAAACCAAUGUUGCAAUAAUCGUGUGAGAUGUAUUGUACCUGAUAAGGAUAUUUACACGGUUGCCUGGGCAAGUCUACAUCCCACAUUACAAGCAUGGUUUCGCGAAAGUGAUCUCGACAGUUUCAUAAACAAUAUUCUUUUUCGCAAAUUUUAAUUUUAAGAAAAAACAAUUCUCACACACUAAUAAAGUUAUGUUCACACA